UUUAUUAAUUUUUAUUUUUGGUGAGAUUUGGCUCCAAUUAGAAGCCUCACCCUUCAAGGCGUCGUCCGAGAAAAAACCCAAUUAGCCAAACCUCCACCACAUACAAAGUCACAAACGCCACUGUCACUCUCAAACUCUCCCCGUAGCUCACAACCCUUUGAAGUAUACAUCUUCAUACUCACUUUCAAAGAAGAUCCAGAUGUUAAUUCUUCAGAGAAUGGCCACUUCUUCUUCUUUCCUCUCAACCCCUCUCCUAAAGGCUUCUUCUUCUUUUCCCACCCAUUUCCUUUCCCCUCUUAAACACUGCGUUUCAGCACCCAGCACAGAGUUCAGGGCUCUUGCCCUUUACAGGAACAGAAAUGGAGUCUCCACGUCUUCGGCGGCUGUGGCUACGGAGACUCAGGUUUCGACCCCAGACGACAAAUUGAAGGAGAACCGGAAGGAGAAAUCUGAUAAGCUAGAGAAAGUCGUGCUUCCAACCAACGAGUCCUCUGAGAGCCUUCUCAGAAUUCGCCACACGUGUGCACACGUGAUGGCCAUGGCUGUUCAAAAGCUCUUCCCAGAUGCAAAAGUGACAAUUGGUCCGUGGAUAGAAAAUGGGUUUUACUAUGAUUUUGAUAUGGAGCCUUUGACAGACAAAGAGUUGAAGAGAAUCAAGAAGGAGAUGGAUCGCAUCAUUGGUAGAAAUUUACCACUUAUAAGAGAAGAAGUUUCAAGAGAUGAAGCUCAGAGAAGAAUAACUGCUCUCAAUGAACCAUACAAAUUGGAAAUUUUGGAUAGCAUUAAGGAAGAUCGCAUUACCAUAUAUCAUAUUGGUAAUGAAUGGUGGGACCUAUGUGCGGGACCUCAUGUUGAAUAUACUGGAAAAAUUAACAGAAAAGCUGUUGAACUUGAGUCCAUUGCUGGUGCUUACUGGAGAGGAGAUGAAAAGAAACCCAUGCUGCAGAGGAUCUAUGGAACUGCAUGGGAGAGUGAAGAUCAAUUGAAGGCAUAUCUUCAUUUCAAAGAGGAAGCUAAACGUCGAGAUCACAGGCGCCUUGGUCAAGUACUUGACCUGUUUUCUAUACAGAAUGAUGCUGGUGGGGGUUUAGUGUUCUGGCAUCCAAAGGGUGCUAUUGUGAGGCAUGUAAUAGAAGAUUUGUGGAAAAAGAUCCACAUAGAACGUGGUUAUGAUCUGCUGUAUACUCCACAUGUUGGAAAGGCAGAUCUUUGGCAGAUAAGUGGUCAUCUGGAUUUCUACAAAGAGAAUAUGUAUGAUCAGAUGAAUAUUGAGGAUGAACUUUAUCAACUUCGACCGAUGAACUGCCCCUAUCACGUCUUGAUUUACAAGAGGAGGCCUCACUCUUAUCAUGAUUUUCCUAUUCGAGUUGCUGAGUUGGGAACAGUAUAUAGAUAUGAGUUAUCUGGAAGCUUACAUGGCCUUUUUCGUGUAAGAGGUUUUACUCAGGAUGAUGCACACAUCUUUUGUCUAGAAGAUCAGAUUAAAGAUGAAAUCAGGGGUGUCCUAGAUCUUACCGAAGAACUUUUACUGCAAUUUGGCUUCAGCAAAUAUGAAGUCAAUCUCUCUACGAGGCCAGAGAAAUCUGUUGGAGAUGAUGAUAUAUGGGUGAAAGCAACAUCUGCCCUUACAGAUGCUUUGGAUGAUAAGGGUUGGAGCUAUCAAAUUGAUGAUGGUGGUGGUGCCUUUUAUGGUCCCAAGAUUGAUCUUAAGAUUGAAGAUGCUCUUGGAAGGAAGUGGCAGUGCUCAACUAUACAGGUUGAUUUUAACCUACCACAGCGUUUUGACAUAACAUAUGUUGACUCAAACUCGGAAAAGAAGCGGCCUAUAAUGAUUCAUAGAGCUGUUCUUGGGUCCUUGGAGCGUUUCUUUGGAGUCCUUAUAGAGCAUUAUGCUGGGGAUUUUCCAUUAUGGCUUUCGCCAGUACAAGCUCAUGUUUUACCAGUUACUGACACUCAGCUUGAUUACUGCAAAGAGGUAACCAACAAACUGAAAGCAAAUGGUAUUCGCGGUGAACUUUGCCACGGUGAACGCCUGCCAAAACUGAUUAGAAAUUCAGAGAUGCUGAAAAUCCCAUUGAUGGCUGUUGUCGGUGCCAAAGAAGUUGAAACUGGCACUGUUACAGUAAGAUCCAGGUUUGGUGGGGAUCUUGGCACCAUGGCAAUUGAUGAUUUUGUCAGUACAAUCAAGUUGGCCAUUGAAAGCAGAGCGUCAAUUUGAAGUGCUUGCAGUUGCUGAAGGGUGGUCAUCCUAUUGAUUUUGAAAGGUGUCUAGUCACAGGAAAAGGCAAAAACGAAGCAGAGUUGAUAACUAAGAGCAAUUUUGUUGCAUUUGUCCUGUACCAUAGUAGCAUUGUACCCAUUUAUUGUUUAGUCAGUGCCGCGAUGGAUUCAUCAUAUUGAAGAUUCAUUUGCAGAGAGCUUGAAGUUGGCAACGAUGCAGAAAGGUAAUCAAAGCUUGAAUCUUGUCAAAGAGAAGAGGUCAUGCUUCCCAAAUUCAUUACAGGUUGCACUUAUAUUUGUAUGGGUCAUGCUAGGGAGACCAACUUGGGAGACCAACUUGGGAUACCAACUCUCUAAUAGAGGUGGAGCCCACCAAUGCAAUGGGUCCCACGCUCUAUUAGAGAGUUGGUAUCCCAAGUUGGUCUCCCAAAUUGGUCUCCCUAGCAUUUUCCUAUUUGUAUAUAUUCACAGACCAAGGGGUAUUAAUGUCAGCCAGACGUGGAUUAACAGUUUACCUGGUUUGCAUUUGGAACUGGAUGGCCUGAUGAAACAUUGGUUCUUUUUUUUCUUUUUUUUCUUUUCAUACUUCUUUGAUACCUAUCGACUUUGAUGUUUUCUUGCUAUACUUUGAAAAAA